AUGACUCUAAUAUCAAAUAUAAAACAAGAAAAGACUGUUAAUUAUGGUAGUCUUCAACAUUCGAUGCAAGUGGAAAAAUCACGGGAUCGACGUACAAUGAAAUGUCUGGUUGCUUUGCAAAUUUGUGCUGCAGUUGUAACGAUGUUGUUAAUUUCAACAUUCUAUCUAACUAUGUAUCCAAGUAACAAAGGAAAAAAACAUACACCUUCUACCAACCCUAUUCAAAAGGAUAAUACUGUAACCCUCUAUGCGAUACAUCCAACACGUCACUCAUUGUGCUUUCGUGAUGGACAAAACGGUGGGAUAAUUAUCAAUUGGGCCGUUUACAACAGAUGUAAUGAUCUUGAUUUCAACAGUUAUUAUACUGGUUAUUUUACUGUUGGUGUAGGAGGUGGACGAGCUGGUACAAUCAUCGAUCUAGGUUCUCGUGAUGAUCUUCAGAAAAAAUAUCAAUAUCAAGAAACAGUUGGACAUGGUCAAGGUUAUGCAUCGAUCCAUCGAACGAACAAAACAUUACUUAUUCUUAAGGAUAGUUAUCAAAACCAUACUUUUCAAGCGAUGGACGAAUCAGCUGCAUUAUUUCGAGACACAAGCUCAUCAUUUAGUGUUCGUGUUAUACUUGGCCAUGUGUAUGCGCUUCGAAUUAUUGAUACAUAUAAGCAUAAAUCUGAGCGUGUCGUUAAAAUGCUGGUGCUUGCCUAUCAACCAAAUGAAUCAGUUACUAUUCAAUGGGAAAUCCUAAAAUAA